CGUUAAAUCUGACUAAAUCUAACUAAAUUUUAACAGCUGUCUUCUGCAGGCUACUUCUUAUGGCGUGAAGAAACUGUGAGGAGAGGUAUCCCGUCAGAUCUUAUACAGACGCCAAGUAGUUCCUCCUUUAAGAACUAAAAUGAAUCAAAGUCUUGGAACAAACACCUCACAGGACCGCUGGAAGUGGUACUUCCAGAAUACUUCCCAGGAAUACACCUACCCCCAACACAAUGUCACAUAUGUUGUGUUUUACCUGCAUAAGCUGUCUGUGGCUGCAGUCUACAUCAUCUCCUACCUGCUCAUUUUCCUGGUGUGUAUGGUUGGGAAUGGAGUGGUUUGUUUUACCAUUCUGCGAAGCAAGAACAUGCGGACUGUCACCAAUGUGUUCAUACUAAACCUUGCCGUCAGUGACCUUCUUGUGGGAAUCUUUUGUAUGCCUACAACCCUUGUGGACAAUAUAAUAACUGGUUGGCCCUUUGGAAGUUUGGUGUGCAAAAUGAGUGGGAUGGUACAAGGAAUAUCAGUGUCAGCAUCGGUAUUUACUCUGGUUGCAAUUGCUGUUGACAGGUUUUGGUGCAUCGUUUACCCUUUCAAGCAAAAAUUGACAUUAUCAACAUCUACGCUAAUCAUUGUGAUUAUCUGGGUUCUUGCCAUUGCAAUAAUGUGUCCCUCUGUUGUUAUGCUACAAGUCACCAAGGAACAAAAUGUGCGGAUACUUCUCGGUGACGGCAAUGAGACAGUCCCAUUUUACUGGUGCAGAGAAAACUGGCCCAACCAGGAGAUGCGAAAGAUUUACACCACCAUUCUGUUUGCCAACAUCUACCUGGCUCCGCUCACCCUGAUUGUCAUCAUGUACGCCCGGAUUGGCAUCACUCUUUUUAAAACCUCAGUGAUUACAGGGGAGAAGUCUGGCCAGGAAACCCGUCAGACGGUAUCUAAGAAGAAAAAAAGGGUAAUCAAGAUGUUACUCAUUGUUGCCUUGCUUUUCAUCGUGUCCUGGUUGCCGCUGUGGACCCUCAUGAUGCUGAGUGACUAUGCCAGCCUCACUGAGUAUCAGUACAGAUUGAUUAACAUUUACAUCUACCCUUUCGCGCACUGGCUUGCCUUCUUCAACAGCAGCAUAAAUCCCAUUAUCUACGGAUUCUUCAAUGAGAACUUCCGAAGGGGGUUCCAGGCCGCGUUCAAGUUCCGGUUGUGCUCAGCGGAUGUGAAGUGUGGAAGGGCUUAUUCUCACAGAAUUCAAGGAAAUGCCGUUCGUCCCGCCAACUUGCCAGCCUCCAAGGGACCCGCUCCGGUCAAACUUAACAGCCGGGAGAAUAAGCGUUCCACAAGGGACCACAAACCGAACGAGCAAGACUUAAUCAUGGAGGACCUCGAAGGGGUAUCUGGAGGCAAUAAUGUGGAGAUUGCUUCACUCUGAAGGUGUCUUUUUUGACCAAACCACUGAGAGCAGCCAAAUUAAAAGACCGUAGGCAGUAAAGCAUUGCAGUGAAAUGCAAUUAUUGAAUAAGCUCCAAGGAGUUUCUGGUGUUUGUUUUGGUAGAAUACUUCAGUUUUAAUGUCCUCAAACCUCAAUGAAUGUCCAAACUACACUUCUAAAACUUCAGUGUUUAAUUUGGUGUGACAGUUGUAACAGGUAACUUAAGGAUUGACUGAGUAAUCUAGUACUAUUUCCAAUAUUAUUACACAGCUGCAAACAUAGAAAAAUCAGAUGUUUUUGUAAUUAAGAUAUAUUACAAGUUAUUGUUCUGGCAUGUUUGGAAGUGGUUCUAAUGUAUUUGUAUACUAUGAAACGUGUCAACCUCUUGGUUCUGUAGGUGAAUGUAGUAUACUGUAACCAUUAGUCCAAUAAUUUGGCACAUGGCAUACCAAAGUUUCAUUGGUUUAAAUAUAUUACAUUUCGAAUGCAUUUCAAUGAAUGCAGUUCAUUAAAAAUCAUUACCUUACAAUAUAAUUUCAGCUGUAUUGCAAUAUUUUAUUAAAUGCAAAUGUGCAAUUAGAUGUGGACUUGGAGGAUGAGAGCUUUAUUCUCAGACUAAUUUGUGCAUCUUUGAAAAUUGUUCUGAAGCACUGCCUUGAGAGAUCUGCGUAUUUUACAGCAUCUUGAUGAUUGUUUUCUUUUUAAAUUUAUCAUCAUUCCACGUGAAACAUUUAAAAAACCAACUGUCAUCACAUUGUUUUUAUGAAAUGCUUCCAGGUUUUAAUAGAUUUGGAAAGUCUAAAAUGCCAAGGUGUACAAAGUGAGUACAAUAAAUAAAAAUUGUGUCAAUGAUCAACAAUAAUUAAUCUAAAAUAUCAUGCCUAUAGAUUUACAACCAGCCAUGCAUUAUUAUAUUAUUUUCUUUUUUAGAUAUAGCUUCAGUUAUGUCCUUGCUGGGGAAAACCAGAUUUUUUAAGUUGACCUUUUUUAUCUUGGUGGCAUAAUUUCAAUUCAUUGAAGGAAUUUCUUACGAAGCAGCUUUUCAGUUUGGUGUAUACAUACUACAGUAACUUACACAGAAGGGAAGGGCUAUGAAGACCUUGUCUGAAAGCAAGUUUCAUGCUAGAACACACAUUUCUAAAGAACCCAUAGUAAAUACCCUUAUGAGGCUGUGUUAGAUAACUACAGAUAUGACAUGAAGCAUCAUUUUAUGCACAAACAUAAAUUUGAGACAUGACUAUAGAGCAUGUUUUGCCAUUUUGCAGGAGCAACCCCCCCCCCCCUU